AUGGACAGCCAACGAGGCCGCAGCCGUUCGCCCCAACGAACGACUCGAGCUACGCGCCAUCAACACACCUAUUCCGAAGAUGACUCGAUAUUAAACGUUCGUUUUCUCUUCCUCCGUAUCAGUAUAUACAGUGAUAUUGACAUGACGUGCACAGUCGCGCCAGAUCGAAGCCUUCGGCCGCACAGUACAUGCCACAGCCUCCCAACUCAUCGGUGCCAACUUCCACGAUGCAUCCGGGCAAGACCACUACCGCAAUGCCCUCUCUUCCGUCCAUCGCCUCUCCCAACGACCUCUGAUUCAACAUUCCGUCUUUUCGUUCGCCAAGGCCAACCCGCGACAGUUGAUCCGGAGCAAUUUCAAUACGUCUGAAAUCGAACAUCGAGCGUUGACGUAUCUGCCUGAUGAACUGUUGAAGAACAUCCCCGUGUCGAACAGCCCGUUCAGUCUGUUGGACGGCUUCCGGGCGAGCCUGCCGGAAGACAGCGAAGAAGAGAGUGGGAAGCAGGGUAAGAGACGGAAACAUGGGAGUCGAGGGCAGAAGCUGUUGGAAGGUCGCGAGGAGGCGGGACCGCCGAAGUUGCAUGCGUUGCGACGGGAGAAAGGCAAGCUGGAACACAGACUGGAGAUGAUGGGGAUCAGGAAGACGGUGGCUUCUAGCGAGAUCAGGGAGAUUGACAGCAAGAUCGCAAACCUCAAUACUAUGCGGAAAGUCGUACUGGAACGCAUGGCUGGUCUGGAAGACGAAGAGCGCGACUUGGAGCAGGAACUCAGCGAUGCGGUGGAAAAGUUGGAAGUUGCGCAGGAAGAGUGGGAUGAUGAGCAAGCGACAGCAGCGAGGACAGAUCCAGCACUGGCAGCUCAAAGGCAAGAGAAAUUGACGCAAGAAGAGGAAGAGGAGGCUCAAGACACCCCUGGCUUCAUGUCGGAGAGCAUAUACGACAAGUUGCCGAAGACGAGAGAAUCACCAAAGACGAAACGGAAGAAGGUGAACAGACGGAUAUCGAUGCCAGUGUUGCACGAGCACAUGGAGCCUGGAAGUCGAAUACGAGAAGUGCAGGCGCAUAAUGACAUUGUCACUGCCCUGGAUUUUGAUGCGCCGUUUGGAACGCUGGUCACAGCAGCGCUGGACGAUACUGUGCGGGUAUGGGAUCUCAACGCAGGACGCUGUAUGGGCAUGUUGGAAGGGCAUCUUUCGAGUGUCAGGUGUCUCCAGGUGGAAGAGAACCUUGUUGCGACGGGUUCUAUGGACGCCAGUAUCCGGUUAUGGGACCUCAAUCAAGCAGACUACAAUCCCCAAGCGCCGCCCCCAGGGAGGAAUAUCAGUGCAAAAUCCUUAUCUUCAGAAGACGCAGAGGCUGAGCAUUCGUCGACUGGCGAAGACCUUUUCACACCUCCUUCCUCAGAAGAAGCUUUCUCGGCAACAGAAUACCAUGGCAACGCAAUGGCAGAUUGCCACAUGUUCACCCUCUCCGCACACGUCGCCGAAAUCACGGCUCUCAAUUUCCGCGGCAACACACUCGUCUCUGGAUCUGCGGAUAAGACACUCCGCCAGUGGGAUCUGGAAAAGGGACGCUGCGUCCAGACCUUGGAUGUGCUAUGGGCAGCAGCGCAAGCAUCAACUCUCAAUGCUCCCACGAAUACACCGACUCCGGAAGCAGGAACGUGGUGGCGACCUACCGGCGGCAGACUUCAAGGCGCGGAAGCCGACUUCAUCGGUGCGAUACAAGUGUUUGAGACGGCACUGGCCUGCGGAACUGCGGACGGGAUGGUGAGAUUAUGGGAUUUACGAUCCGGGAUGGUACACCGGAGUCUGGUGGGACAUACCGGCCCCGUGACUGCGCUGCAAUUUGAUGAUGUGUAUCUCGUGACCGGGAGUCAGGAUCGGAGUAUACGGGUAAGUCCUCUCACCUAUCAUGAGAACAGUGGAAACAAAGCGACGGGUACUAACUGGAUUUCCUAACAGAUCUGGGAUCUCCGAACCGGCAAUAUCCACGACGCAUUCGCGUACGAUAAUCCCAUUACGUCUAUGCAAUUCGAUGCGAGGAGGAUUAUUGCCGCUGCUGGCGAGGAUGUCGUCAAAGUCUACGAUAAAACGGAUGGUAGGCAGUGGGAUUGCGGUGCUGGGGCUAGUGCUCCGGAAGAUGGCACGCAGCCGAGCGUUGUUGAGAGAGUGAGGAUACGGGACGGGUAUAUGGUUGAGGGAAGAAGAGAUGGCGUGGUUGGGGUAUGGAGUUGUUGA